CUGAGUUUUAGACCACGAGAACAACUGAGUUUUCUGCCGUUUUAACCGGGCACCUCCCAUCUCACGACACCGAACCGGAGCUUAUUUUUUUAUCAGCUGACUGGUAGAAGGACAAAUUUCCAACUGAGGAGCAUCUUGUGUUUUUUUUUUCCUUCAUCAGAGUUUUAAUGGACUCAUCCAAAAAGGAAGAAGGUGGAGUUGAACAGGAACCUGAGAGUUCAUGGGACAAAGUUGUGGAGACUACAGCAAAUACUGAUAAAACAUAUGCCUGUAAUCGGUGUGGGAAGCUGUUUCCUACAGCCAAACAAUUAAGAUCUCACCAAAAUGUUCAUAAAGGAGAGAAACCAUACAUCUGUAACCAGUGUGGAAAAGCAUUCUCCAAUGCAGCCCACUUCAAAACACAUCAACGAACACACACCGGGGAGAAACCGUACAACUGUGAACACUGUGGAAGGGCGUUCAAUGACACAGGCAACCUCAGAACACACCAACGCAUCCAUACUGGGGAGAAACCAUUUAAAUGUGACCAGUGCGAGAAGGCCUUCACUCAUGCAGGCAGCCUUGUGAAACACCAACUCAUCCACACUGGAGAAAAACCAUACUUCUGUGAUGUGUGUGGGAAAGCUUUCACUCAAGUAGGUGACGUCAGGAGACACCAACGCAUCCACACUGGAGAGAAACCAUAUACAUGUGACCUGUGUGGGAAAGCUUUCACUCAAAGUAGUGACCUCACAGCACAUAAACGAAUCCACACUGGAGAGAAACCAUAUAGUUGUGACCAGUGUGGAAAGGGUUUCACUCAGGCUGGUGAAAUCAAAAGACAUCAACGCAUCCACACAGGAGAAAAACCAUAUUCCUGUGUCCAGUGUGGGAAAGCAUUCACCAAAGCAGACAACCUCAAAACACACCAACGCAUCCACUCUGGGGAGAAACCUUACAAGUGUGACCAGUGUGGAAAGACUUUCAGAUUCUCGUCUAGUUUGCGUGAUCAUCAUCUUAGACACACCAAAGAGAUGGUGAUCCCAUGUGAGUUGUGCGAGAGGACGUUUUGGUCAUUGUCUACUUACCAAGGUCACAUGCGCACUCACACUGGAGAGAAACCCUUCCAGUGUAGGCUCUGUGGGUUAUCCUUUGCCACAUCAUCUCAUCAUGCCAAACACAAACGUUGCCAUAAUGGAGUGGAGCAGAACGGCUGUGAACAGACUACAUCUAGAGCCUUCAGUCCUACACCUGAUCAGCAGGACACACUGGAUCAGACGGUGGACGGCUCAGCCUCAUGCGACCCAGACACUGGCACCGUCAACGCUGACUAUGUAGUGGUGACAGUGAAACAAGACAAAGUUGGCCACAAACCUCAAAGUUCUGGGGAGAAAAGGAAACAAAAAAAACAACAUAAAACACAUGCAUGUGACGAGUGUGGAAAGGAGUUUAACACUGCUAGUGUCCUCAGAAAACACCAGCAGAUGCACAGUGAUGAGAGGCCAUACAUUUGUGACCAGUGUGGAAAGACUUUCAAGCGAGGGAACAGCCUCAGAGUACAUCAGCGCAUCCACACUGGAGAGAAACUGUACACGUGUGUCCUGUGUGAACAGGCUUUCACCAGUGGCAGUCUCCUCCGAGUGCACCAGCGCAUCCACACUGGGGAGAAACCGUACUCCUGCAUGCAGUGUGGGAAGGCUUUCAUCAAAAGUGGCCAUCUUAAACGACAUGAACGUAUCCACACUGGGGAGAAACCACACAGCUGUAUUCAGUGUGGGAAAGCUUUUGGACAAGCAGCGAACCUCAGAGCACACCUACGCAGCCACACAGGAGAAAAACCCUACUCCUGUGUCCAGUGUGGGAAGGCUUUCAACAAAAGCAGUCAUCUUAGACGACAUGAACGUAUUCACACCGGAGAGAAACCGUAUAUCUGUGAUGAAUGCGGGAAGGCUUUCACCCAACUGAGCAACCUCAGAACACACCAACGUAACCACACUGGAGAGAAGCCAUACACCUGUGGCCAGUGUGGGGAGACUUUUAUUGAUGAAGGAAAUCUUAAAACACACCAAAACGUCCAUGUGGAGGAUAAACUGUAUUUCUGUGACCAGUGUGGAGAGGCCUUCAUUGAUGAGGAUAAUCUCAGAACACACUCAGUCUUCCACACAGAAGGGAAACCAUGUAUUUGUAGCCAGUGUGGGAAGGUUUUCACUGAUGAUGAAGACUUAAGAAUACAUCAAGACACCCAUACAGAAGAGAAAGACUCUCUUAAACAAGGCAGAGUUGGCCAGAAAAGUCAAAGCUCUGGAGAGAAAAAAGUGCUCUUAACCCAAAGAAACCGCUGUAAAUCACAUGUUUGUGAGGAGUGUGGGAAGGCAUUCAUUACCGCUAGUGUACUUAGAAAACAUCAAUGCAUGCACAGUGAUGACAAACCAUAUGUUUGUGACCAGUGUGGAAAGGCUUUCAAGCGAGUGGACAGCCUCCGAGCUCACCAACGCAUCCAUACUGGGGAGAAACCGUACAUUUGUGUGCUGUGCGGAAAGGCAUUCACUAACGCGAGUCAUCUCCGAGUACACCACAGGAUCCACACUGGAGAGAAACCGUACACCUGUGUCCAUUGCGGGAAUAGUUUCAUCAAAGCCGACCACCUCAGGACACAUGAACGCAUCCACACUGGCGAGAAACCCUACGGCUGUGACCAGUGUGGUAAGACUUUCAGACAAGCAGUGAACCUCAGAACACACCAACGUAUCCACAGCGGAGAGAAACCAUACAUCUGUGACCAAUGUGGGAGGGCCUUCAAAAAUACAAGUCCCCUUAGAACUCACCAACGGAUCCACACUGGAGAGACACCCUAUAUCUGCGAUCAGUGCGGAAGGGGUUUCAGAUCGUCAGCUAGCUUACGUUAUCAUCACAUUUGGCAUGCUAAAGAGAUUGUUAUUCAAUGUAAGAAACAAGGCAAAGCUGCCCCAACUCAGGCAAAAAUGAAUGAACCACACACCUAUGACCAGUCUGAGAAGUCUCUCACCAAAGUGGACAACCUCAGAAUCCAAAAUGGUGAGAAACCAAAGCUGUUUGACCAUGGCAAUAAAACUGUCUCCAAAAUGGAGGUUCCCAGGAAAGACAGAGGCCUCCACAUGGAAGAGGAAAUGUUUGUUUGUUACCAGUGUGGGGAGGCCUUCGCUGAUGAAGGAAACCUGAAAACACACCAGGACCUCCACACAGAGGAGAAACCGUACAUUUGUGGUCAGUGUGGAAGGGCUUUCACAGAUGAAGGUUGUCUAAAAAUGCACCAAGACAACCACAUGGAAGAAAAAGUAUUCUUCUGUGAUCAGUGUGGGGAGGCAUUCAUUGACGAGGAGAAUCUAAGAGCACACCAAGAUUUCCACAUGGACGAGAAACCACACAUUUGCAGCCAGUGUGGGGAGGUUUUUGCUGACAAAGGUGAGCUAAGGUCACACAAAACCUCAACCCCAGAGGAGAAACUAGACACCUGUGAUCGGUGUGAGAAGAUUUUUGCUGAUACAAUGACCCAAUCACAGCAACAUAAUUACAUUGAAGAGAAACCAUUCCUCUGUGGCCAGUGUGGGCAGGCUUUCACUGACAAAAGUGAGCUGAAACUACAUCGAGACAUCCACACAGGGAAGAAUCCAUCUGUGUGACACCAAUCUGGGUAUGGGUAGGCUGUUGGACACAGGGAAAUUAACAUCAACAUGACAACAUAGAAGACAAACUGUCCGUCUGCAGUGUGUACUGGGUACUGUAAAAAAAUGUUUGCACCAAAUAUGUCUGAUGAAAACCUAGCAAUGAUGUAUAAUUAUUUCAUUUUAUUAUACAAUAUAAUUAAAUUAUAUCUCAUAAAGUUCUAAUGCUAUUUCUCUCCAUUCAUUGAUGUUGAUGUAUAUGUGAAAAUAACUGACUGAAAUUUAUA